AUGGCAUCCUCUCCUGAGGCUGCUACACCACAAGAUCCUAAUAAAAAUUCUCCACCACCACCUUCAAUGGAUGAUUUAUCACUACCUCCAGAUUCAUCUUCUCCGGCACCAACGGACAAUUCACUUCCACCUCCUGAUGAUACCCCACCACCAACUAAUGCUUCCCCACCACCACCACCACCACCACAACGACCUCCUUCACCACCCCUACCACCAAAAGAAUCUCCCUCAGAACCAACCCCUUCAACACCUGAAAAACACAAAUCACCACCACCCAAUGGAUUGCCUUCUCCUCCAACAUCAACGCCUACAAAUCCAGCUCCUCCGGGAUCUCCUCCGACACAUGCCUUAUCUCCACCAUCACAUCACUCGCCAUCACAAAAGUCGCCAUCAUCUGAUUCCUCAACCUCUGAUGAUGGUGGUUCGUCGCCAUCAUCUGAUUCCUCUUCUUCAAGUGUACCAAGGAUUACCGGGAUUGUCAUUGGGGGUGUAUUCUUGUUUGCCUUAUUCGCCAUUUGCCUAGUAUGUUCAAGGAGGAAGAAGAAACGGCCAUACUAUCCUGCACAUCUAGGCAAAGGUGGUGACAAGUACUGCAAUGGCAACUCAGACUGGAAUAGUCCUAAACCUAUUGACCACGUUAUUAAGCUUCAUCCACCACCAGGUGUUAUGGGGACACCAGUAGGUGGUGCUGGCGGAUGGGGAGCACCACCACCACUGGGAAACUCUAGUAGUGAUUUUAGCUCCGGGCAACACCAUACGCCUAUACAGUCUCCAUCACCUAAUAUGGGCAUUGGUGGCUUUUCCCAGAGCCAAUUCACUUAUGAUGAACUUGCAGCAGCAUCGGGGGGAUUUUCUCAAGCCAACUUGUUAGGACAAGGUGGAUUCGGGUAUGUAUACAAAGGUAUUUUACAGAAUGGAAGGGCAGUCGCAAUUAAGAGUCUCAAGGCAGGCAGUGGACAGGGAGAACGAGAAUUCCAGGCUGAGGUUGAAAUCAUUAGCCGUGUCCAUCAUCGCCACCUCGUGUCCCUUGUUGGAUAUUGCAUUGCUGAUGGACAGAGAAUGUUGGUGUAUGAAUUUGUUCCCAAUUCAACGUUGGAAUUCCAUCUUUACGGGAAUGGUCAGCCAGUGAUGGAUUGGGCGACUAGGCUUCGUAUAGCAGUGGGAUCGGCUAAGGGGCUUGCUUAUCUGCAUGAAGACUGCCACCCUCGGAUUAUCCACCGUGACAUCAAGGCAGCAAAUAUCCUUCUUGACAACAAUUUUGAAGCCAUGGUGGCAGAUUUUGGAUUGGCCAAGCUCUCUUCGGAUAAUUUUACUCACGUUUCCACGCGUGUCAUGGGAACUUUUGGGUACCUAGCUCCCGAGUACGCGUCAAGUGGCAAACUAAGUGAAAAAUCUGAUGUUUUCUCAUUCGGGGUGAUGCUCUUGGAGCUCAUAACUGGGCGCCGACCUGUGGAUCUUACGAAUAGAAUAAUGGAAGAUAGCUUAGUAGACUGGGCUACGCCACUUCUGGCUCAAGCAUUGGAAGAUGGAAACUAUGAUGAGCUUGUGGAGCCACGCCUUGAAGGUAACUUCGUUCCCCAGGAGAUGGCUCGAAUGGUAGCAUGUGCUGCUGCUAGCAUACGCCAUUCAGCCAGAAGGCGACCACGGAUGAGCCAGAUUGCACGUGCUUUGGAAGGAAACUCAUCCCUCGAGGACUUAAGUGAAGGCGUGAAGUCCUCAGGCCAGAGUGCAGUCCAUAAAAGUAGCAGAACCAGUAGUGAUAUGUACGACACUCGUGCAUACAAUGCAGAUAUGACGAAGUUCAGGAAGAUGGUGAUUUCAAACCCGGAUAAUGCAAGCAGCGAAUACGGAGCAACAAGCGAGUACGGGCUCAAUCCAUCCUCAUCAAGCUGCGACUCCAGAGAGCUUGACGAAACAGGUCCCCACAAGCAAAAAUCUUAG